UCUCUGAUUGGCUGCGGGGACAGGUGGGGGCGGGCCCAGCGGGGAGCAGCACGCUGCGUUUCACCGGCCGAGAGCGGCGAGCGGCGGCGGCCGGGAUGGGGGCGCGGGGCCGUGAGGCGGGGCCGGGGCAGGUCUUCUGCUCUGGAUCUGCUUCUUUACAGAAUGAAUACUGAAUCGUGGACCUUCCAGUAGAGAAGAUCAGCGUGUAUAUUUAUAUAUCAACAUCUUAUUUUCUUUUUCCUGAAAGCUUCUGCUCAGCCUCUGAAGUUUAAUCACAAUGAAUUCAGGCUUAUGGAGUCAAGAAAAAGCAAGUUCAUCAUAUUGGGAAGAGCGCAUCUUCUACUUGCUUCUCCAAGAAUGCAGUGUCAUAGACAAGCAGACUCAAAAGCUCUUGAAAGUACCCAAAGGUAGCAUUGGGCAGUUUUUUCAAGACCGUUCUUCUGUGGGACACUCCAGAAAUAUUCCUUGUAAAGGCAAGAAAUUACAGAUUGGAUUAAAGAUUUUGGAACAACCUCAUGCAAUCCUGUUUGUGGAUGAGAAGGAUGUUAUCGAAAUAAAUGAAAAGCUAGCUGAGUUGCUUUUGGCCAUUACUAACUGUGAGGAGAGAUACAGCUUAUUUAAAAGCAAAAGCAGGUUAACUAAAGGCAUCCAAAUAGAUAUUGGCUCACCUGUUAGAGUACAGCUUCGGUCGGGAGAUGAUAAAUUCCCUGGAGUUGUUCGCUUCAGAGGACCCUUGUUGCAAGAAAGGUCCCUAACAGGAAUAUACUUUGGAGUAGAGCUGCUGGAAGAAGGUCGUGGCCAGGGCUUUACUGAUGGACAGUACCAAGGCAAGCAGCUUUUCAGAUGUGAUGAGGAUUGUGGGGUUUUUGUUGCUUUGGACAAACUGGAGCUGGUGGAAGACGAUGACAAUGAACUGGAAAGUGACUAUGCAGCUCCAGUUGAUGCAAUGCAGGUAGAACUUCCUCCUCUGGAGAUCAACUCCAGGGUUUCUCUGAAGAUAGGAGAGAGUAUAGAGUAUGGGACAGUUAUAUUCUGUGAUGUCUUACCAGGAAACGAAAGUUUAGGAUACGUUGUUGGAGUGGACAUGGAUAAUCCUAUUGGAAAUUGGGAUGGAAGAUACAAUGGAAUACAGCUGUGCAGUUUUGCAAGUGUUGAAAGUACACUCCUUUUGCAUAUCAAUGAUGUUAUACCAGAGACUGUGUCACAGGAUAGGAGGCCUCCCAAGCUUGCCUAUACCUCAAGAGGUGGUGGUGACAAAAGCUUGUUCAAUCAUAGUAAGCUAAAGGCAACAGGGUCUACCUCUGAACCUGGAAGUAGAAACAGAUCUGAAGUCUUCUACACAUUAAAUGGCUCAUCAAUUGAUUCUCAACCUCAAACAAAACCAAAACCUCCAUGGUAUAUUGAUGAAGUUGCUGAAGAUCCUGCAAAAUCACUUACUGAUUCAUCUUCUGGAUUUGGGCAUUCUUCACCGCCACUGCAGCCACCUUUGACAAACUCUGUGUCUACAGAAAACAGAUUCCACUCCCUCCCCUUUAGCUUGACAAAAGCAUCAAGUACUAAUGGUACUAUCGGACAUAGUCCCCUGUCUUUAUCUGUUCAGUCCGUCAUUGGUGAUGUAAAUACUACGGCUAACCAGGAGAGUCCAUCAACAGCAGGCCCCAUCGGUAACUCUCAUGGUCUUGAAGCAGGCUCCUUGGCUGAAGUUAAAGAAAAUCCUCCUUUCUAUGGAGUAAUCCGCUGGAUUGGCCAGCCCCCAGGGGUGAAUGAAGUAUUAGCUGGACUGGAACUGGAAGAUGAAUGUGCAGGUUGUACAGAUGGAACAUUUAAAGGAACUCGAUACUUCACUUGUGCUCCAAAGAAAGCUCUUUUUGUUAAACUCAAAAGCUGCAGGCCAGAUUCCAGGUUUGCAUCGCUGCAGCCCGUCUCCAACCAGAUUGAGCGCUGCAACUCUCUAGCCUUUGGAGGUUACUUAAGUGAAGUGGUAGAAGAGAACACUCCUCCAAAAAUGGAAAAAGAAGGUUUAGAGACAAUGAUUGGAAAGAAGAAAGGUAUCCAGGGUCAUUACAACUCCUGUUACUUAGACUCCACCUUAUUCUGCCUGUUUUCAUUUAGCUCUGUUUUGGACACUGUGUUACUCAGACCUAAAGAAAAGAAUGAUGUAGAGUAUUACAGUGAGACUCAAGAGCUGUUGCGGACAGAGAUCGUGAAUCCUCUUAGAAUAUAUGGAUAUGUAUGUGCUACAAAAAUAAUGAAACUGAGGAAAAUACUUGAAAAAGUUGAAGCUGCAUCAGGAUUCACAUCAGAGGAAAAAGAUCCAGAAGAAUUUUUGAAUAUUUUAUUUCACCAUAUUCUAAGAGUUGAGCCACUGUUGAAAAUAAGAUCAGCAGGUCAGAAAGUACAAGACUGUUAUUUCUAUCAAAUUUUUAUGGACAAAAAUGAGAAGGUGGGAGUCCCAACUAUUCAGCAGUUACUGGAGUGGUCAUUCAUCAACAGCAACUUGAAGUUUGCAGAGGCACCCUCUUGCCUGAUUAUUCAGAUGCCUCGAUUUGGAAAAGACUUCAAAAUGUUCAACAAAAUUUUUCCAUCCUUGGAGUUAAAUAUAACAGAUUUACUUGAAGACACUCCCAGGCAAUGCCGUAUAUGUGGAGGGCUUGCUAUGUAUGAGUGCAGAGAAUGUUAUGAAGAUACUGAUAUUUCUGCUGGAAAAAUCAAGCAGUUCUGCAAAACCUGCAAUACACAAGUUCAUCUUCAUCCCAAGAGACAGAGCCAUAAAUUCAAUCCUUUGUCACUCCCUAAAGACCUGCCAGACUGGGACUGGCGACAUGGCUGCAUUCCUUACCAGAAGAUGGAGUUGUUUGCUGUUCUCUGCAUAGAAACGAGCCACUAUGUAGCUUUUGUUAAGUAUGGGAGGGAUGACUCCGCCUGGCUUUUCUUUGACAGCAUGGCAGAUCGGGAUGGAGGUCAGAAUGGCUUUAACAUUCCACAAGUUACCCCAUGUCCAGAAGUUGGUGAAUACCUGAAGAUGUCUGUAGAAGAACUACAUUCACUGGAUUCUAGAAAAAUUCAAGGCUGUGCACGAAGACUGCUUUGUGAUGCUUACAUGUGCAUGUAUCAAAGUCCAACGAUGAGUUUAUACAAAUGAACAAUGUCCUCUGGAAAGCUGAAGAAACAGUAAAGAGAUUUCUACUGUUGCAUUUGCUGCAUUUUUUUGGUUAGUUUUAAUGCAACCGUUGCUGGCAAUGGAUGCGAUGACAAGGAAGAAGCGGACUCUAAGAACAAAAAGAUUACUGUUCCAAAAACUACAUGUGGAGUUCUGUAAUUGAAGUAUUUAAGCAUUUUGCACUCUAGGAAGUGUGCUUGUGUGUGUUUGUUUUAUAAACAAAGUCUAAAUGAAGUUACUAAAACUUAAAGCUUUAAGUGCAUUGAUAAUAUACAGACUUUAAAAAAAUCUUUAAAGUGGAAUUUUAUCAGGAGAAGCCUCCUUAGUCCAUUGAGAAUGUAAAGAUGCAGUGCUAUUGCGCAGUGUAUUUCUGUGGACCAAGGAUGAUGAGUCUCAGAUAGCUUUCUUCUCUCCACCCUCCCCAGCACUGCUCCUCACCUGUGAUCUUUUCAGCACCAUAGAUCCUCUCUUCAAGAGAGAACUUUAGUUUUAAUAACACAAAUUUUAAACUGUUCAUUGCAAUUAAUUCUGUCCUGUUAGCUCAUUACUGCAUUCUUUUCAGUUCAUACAUUUACAUCUCUGAAAAAUUCACAUCCAUUUAAAAUAUCUGAAUUCCUGUCUUGUGAAAAUCAAGCACACUGAUUUGCUGUUUGAUAAGUUGGGAUUUUUGGAGAGAGAAAGAGGAGAAAGAGAAGAAGAGUGUUUUGAGGGGAAGUAUAAUUGCUGAAACAAAACUAGCAAUGCAAGAUAACAUCUUUUCCUAACUGUAUUUCUAAAGGAAGUAGACUGGAACAACAUCAACUGUGUACAAAUGGUUGGAGGACAAAACAAUAAAAUGGAGAAUUGCCUCAGGGAAUGUUACAGAAGUGGACUCUGGUUCUUGGUGAAACAAAACUGACUUUUAUACAGUACAUUAAGCUACUACCUGGGAAUAUGUUACACAUCUGACUCUUCAUUUCAGGAUUAUUAAGGAAUAUUAAAAAUCUCUGGAAAGAUGAAACCAGAAAUAAAAGUAGAUAGGUGUUUUACUGUAUACCAAGUACCUAAUGAAAACUAACUCAAAGCUGCAAAACCUGUAUUGGUGUAAAAUAUUAUUGGUUAGAACCAAGUUUAUUGGUUCUUGUUUGUAAUGAAAUACUGUUGUUUUAGCUGCUUUUUUUAGCUAUUGCUGUCUACUCUGACUAGCAAACAUAUAUAAAUACACAGUAAAAUCUGGCUGUACAGACAUGAAAAAUUGCAUAUAGAGAGCGCUGUACAUUUUCAACUUUUAGGAGGCUUUCCAUACAAAGCAUCUUAUGUGGGAUUGAGUCUGUAGAAGGAAAAGUCGCAAAAUGUAAGAGGAAAAAUCAUGUGCUUCGUUGUUGUAAAGACGAGAGUGAUCCUAUAUCGUAGAAAGUGUUACUUUGUGCUUCAUGGGAGG